AUGAAGUCAUUUUUUAUUAUUUGUGUGACUGCACUGACGGUGGCGAGCGGGUACGAGCGUCGAAUGCAGCCAGAUGGUGCUCAAACGGUUGACAGUGACGCAGUCCUGGGUGUGUUUGGGUUAAAAAAAAUCAUUGGAGGAGAACCGGUACGCAUAGAAACACACCCGUACCAGCUUUCUCUACGCAACUACGACUACCACAUCUGUGGCGCCUCGAUCAUCUCCAGCACUUGGGCGCUGACUGCGGCGCACUGUUUGCAUCCUGAUCCGGACCCUAGAUCGAUUUCCCUCCGAGCUGGAACAACGCACAAGGCGACGGGAGGCAGAAUAUACAAUGCUUCUCGAAUUAUCAUCCACCCGAUGUAUAACCCCAGCUGGAUGGACAACGAUGUGGCAGUGAUAAGUGUGGUUGCUCCAUUCAGUGGUCCAAACAUCAAUCUGAUUCAAUUGGUCCCUAUGCACUACGAACCAGUGGUUGGGAUGCGUGCACUAGUGACCGGAUGGGGACGCCAAAGUGAAGAGUCUUCACAAGCGACGGCGCUCGCGGGUGUGGACAUUCCCAUCGUUGGCAAAGAUGACUGCCUGAACCAAUGGGCCGGAGUGAUGGUGACACCGCAGAUGAUAUGCGCCGGAGAGUUGGGUAGGGACUCUUGCAAUGGCGACAGCGGCGGUCCACUGGUGUCCGGGGGACGCCAAAUCGGCAUCGUUUCCUGGGGGUCAACCAGGUGUGGUGGUCCACUGGCCGCUAUCUACACACAUUUGGGCAACCAAGCCAUACGCACCUUUAUCAGUGCCACUACGGGUGUUUGA